AUGCAGAAUCAAGAUGCUGCCAUCAAGAAACUGGAAACACAGAUUGAAUUCUUAUUCAAGCAAGCCCCUGGACACAACAAUUGCAGCAAUAUUAACUCAGUGCCAAGGGAGGAAUGGCAAGCCAUCACCCUCAGAGGUGGGAAGGAAUUGAAGGAGACCUACAAGAAACCACCAGAGAAGAAAUUGGAUGAAGAAAACAAGGGACAUGAGGAAGCUCGAACCUCCAUCCCUAAGUCACAUCAAGAAGGAGAAGCGCUCAAACCCUGCCUCUCAAAAGCUCCAUACCCCCAGCAGCUGCAAUUAAAGAAGAGGGGAGAGGAUAACCAAUUCUCAAGAUUCUUGGAAAUCUUCAAGAAACUACAAAUAAUCAUACCUUUUGCUGAAGCAAUAGAGAAAAUGCCACUCUACGCCAAGUUCUUGAAGGAAUUGAUGACCAAGAAGAGAAGCUGGAAGAACAAUGAGACCGUGGUCAAACCAACAAGAAUGGCCCUGCAACUAGCAGACAGAUCAUUCAAGUUUCCCCAUGGGAUAGUAGAAGACUUGUUGGUGAAGGUGGGAGACUUCAUCUUUCCAGCAGAUUUCGUAGUAUUAGACAUGGAGGAAGGAGCUAAGACUUCCAUCAUUCUGGGAAGGCCAUUCUUGGCCACUGCCAGAGCCAUUAAUGAUGUCCAAAAGGGUGAACUUGUCCUUAAAUUAAACGAGGAGAAAAUGACAUUCAAUGUAUUUAAGGCCAUGAGUUACCCACACAACUCAUUGGGAUAA